UUGAAAGCUUCAUGAAUUUUACAUUUUGAUAUAUUCACUAAUCACAUGUUAUAUCCCUUUGGCAGAUAGCUCACAACAUGCAGGAACAAUCAAUUGAGAAGCGGUACCAACCCAAAAUAUUCGCCAAUCGUAGACCUUAAUAAGGCUGAACUAGCACCACAUUUUUAGAUCGAGAAAGUCGGUGACACAAGUUGUUUUACCAUCUAUUUCCCAAGUCAUCUUUCUUUUCAGUUUUGUGCUUUUUAUCUUCGACUGUCAUACAAAAGUUAUCUUUGAGGUGUAUUAUUUUGCAACCGGGUAUUCAGAUAUUCAGCUAUCCACAGUCAAUCAUAACAUACUUCAAGAUGUCCUCUGAGCCAGUAACAGAGAAGUCAAUCGAAGUCGCAGGCAUCGAGAAGGAAAUGGCAGGUGUUAAUUUGGGAAGCGUCACCAACGGAACGACAUCUCCAAAGUCAAUUGAGGAGAGCGGACCAAGCCCUCUGAGAGCGCCGUUCCUAAAUCCUCUCGAGUCUUCGAAACCUCCCCCCACCCCAGAACUUACGGAAGAACAACAAAAGAAAUACGAGGCGCUGUUAGAAACUGUCAAAUCAUGGACGGAAAUUCCAGCCAAGGAUUCUAAAGGUGGCCCUCUCACAGAUGAGGAACGGUUAUGGUUGACCAGAGAAUGUUUGUGCCGUUACUUGCGAGCAACAAAAUGGUCUGCUACGGAAGCUCCAAAACGACUUUUAGGGACUUUGACUUGGAGACGGGAGUAUGGUGUGAGCGGUCUCACGGGCGAUGAUCUUUCAAUUGAAAAUGAAACUGGCAAACAAUUUAUCUUUGGUUAUGACAACGAAGGUCGACCAUGUCAUUAUUUGAACCCUGGAAGACAAAAUACCGAACCUAACCCCAAGCAAGUACAGCAUUUAGUAUUCAUGCUUGAGCGAUGUAUUGAUUUAAUGAUACCGGGUCAAUUUACUCUCGCAUUGUUAAUCAACUUCAAAGCCAGUAAGAGCAGGUCGAACACAGCACCUGGCAUUGGGCAGGCUAGAGAAGUCUUGAAUAUUCUUCAGACUCACUAUCCUGAACGACUUGGAAGGGCCUUGAUUAUCAACAGUAAGUCUCCUACGAUGACAAACGCAUUCCUCACUAACUCCUUUUAAGUUCCCUGGAUGGUUAACGGCUUUUUCAAACUCAUCACGCCAUUCAUCGAUCCCCUGACCAAAGAAAAGCUGAAGUUUAAUGAUGAUAUGAAGCAACAUGUACCUCCUCAGCAACUCUGGGCCGAGUUUGAUGGAGAACUUGCAUUCGAGUAUGAUCAUGCAACCUACUGGCCGGCGUUAAUUCAGACGUGUCAGGAGCGACAAAAGAUUGCGUUUGAACGCUGGGUCGAAGCGGGGAAGCAUAUCGGAGAAAGUGAGGUUUAUUUGAAGGGUGCAAAUGUUCCUGGUAUUGGCGGUGCUGCAGCUGAAGAGUCGUCAUCAAAUGGCCAUGCUGUCGAGCCAAAAACAGACGGAACAUCAUCCACAAGUGCCUAGAUCUUAAUAUCCGCAUUCUAUUUUCAGUAUCUUCUUUCUUAACAAGCCUAAACUUUAAUUGCUUCAUAGACAUUUUACAAUAAAGUCCUUAUUUAAUCUCCAUUGCCAAUUCCUAAAUUCUACACUCCAGACUACA